UUAAUGUCAUAUCAGCCCAACAUGUCAUAAAUUAUAUUCGGAAAUGAAGAAAACUCAAAAAUCAUUAGCUGAAAAUGUUAUUUUAGUAAGUUUCCUCCUCUGGACAAAACUGUGCAAUGCAGCUGGGAUAUACAAUGGGACAUCUACUAUAAUCGGUGAAUACCCGAGUCAGGUAUGCCUCAAGUAUAUAAGAUCGAAUGGACAAUCAACCCAACUGUGUGGAGGAACAAUUUUAAGUGACCUGUAUGUGUUAACAUCUUGUCAUUGCUUCGAAAAAUCAGUAGAUAGAGCGCACCCGACAGAGUUUAUAGUAGCAGGAGACGCACGAUGGGAUGUCGAAGGAAGAUCUAUGCAGCGCCAACAGCGGUCAAUUGAAACAUUGAUUUUUCAUCCAGGGUGUGAUAGUGCCGGUGUCCAAUAUGUGGACCUCGCCGUUUGUAAAGUGAACGAGUCAUUCAUUUUUACCAAAUCAGUUGUGGAGUGGAUACCACUGGCUGAAGUUAAGCCUUCGCUAGGGACUCGAUGUUCCAUCGUUGGCUGGGGAGUGGAUGAAACUAAACGAAAAAGUAUUGCACUAAAGAAAGCUGAUGCGAUUACCACUAACUUCUAUAAAUGUGGAUCGUUUUACACCGAUGAGGAAAAAUUUAUUUGUGCUGCUAGUCCAAAUGGAAUUCAGAGUCCUUGCUACGGUGAUUGUGGAGGACCGCUAAUUUGUGAUAACAAAUUAGUUGGAAUUUUGGAAGGAGGUUACGGUAUAUGUGGGAAUCAAAUGUAUGGAAAUUACUAUACAAACUUAGCGAACUACGUUAAUUGGAUAAAAAAUGUAACUGAAUGGACGCCUUCUAAUUUUCGGUGGAAACAAAUAAAAAAUUAAGAGAGAAAUGAUUCAAACUGAAAGCAACUUAAGUACCUUUAUUUUUUAUAACAGAUGCGGACCCAGAUCAUGUCAAUCGGACGAAAUUUAAUAAACUUAAAACUGUUGACAUUUGA